AUGCUGUUGCUGAUGCUGUUGCCCGGUGCCUGAAUCUGUGCUGCCAGACGAGGAGAACCAAAGUCGCCGGGUCCGACAUCAGCAAGAAGAGACGAUUAGAGGGGGGACUGAGGAGGAUCUUCAGCAUCCUUGGAAAGCAACACAAGCAGUGAGAAGAUGACUCUGGCAGCCUACAAAGAGAAGGUGAAAGAGCUCCCCCUGGUGUCUCUGUUUUGCGCAUGCCUGAGGCCACAGAAUGUAGAGAAGACCACAUAUAAGGCAGAAGAUGCGGUGGACUUGGGUUGGUGCGCUAUGAAAGAUGUGGAGGUCAUCAAGCUGAACAAGAGGGCAUCUGGGCAGGCCUUUGAGGUCAUCCUGAAGCCUCCAUCGUUCGAUGGCGUGCCAGACCUCAACACCUCCAUGCCUCAGCGCAGAGACCCGUCCCUGGAGGAGAUCCAGAAGAAGCUGGAAGCUGCGGAGGAGAGACGAAAGUGCCAGGAAGCCGAGCUGCUGAAGCAUCUGGCGGAAAAGAGGGAGCACGAGCGUGAGGUGAUCCAGAAGGCCUUUGAGGAGAACAACAACUUCAUCAAGAACGCUAAGGAGAAGCUGGAGCAAAAGAUGGAGGCCAACAAGGAGAACAGGGAGGCCUUGUUGGCCGCCAUGUUGGAGAGGCUGCAGGAGAAGGACAAACAUGCAGAGGAGGUGCGGAAGAACAAGGAGCUGAAGGAGGAAGCUUGCCGAUAGACGUCUGGUUAGAGAGGAGGUGGAGGAGGCCCAAAAAGACUAGAUAGAUGUUUGUUUGUUUUUUUUUUAUAAGUAGGACAAAAACAGUGCAGGGAGAAUAAAAGAACUCACAAAGCCACUCAAAUGAAAAGAGAGCUUUCAUAUUGAUGAUUGACAUAUGCCAGGACGAGCUGUACAAAGCUUAAAUAACUUUGGAUUGGGUACCCGACAGAAACAUUUUAUUUAUUACAUCACUGUAUUACAUCCAUAUUAUUACUUUUUUUGGCAUUUGUAUUUAAAACAAAAGAACAUUACGUCACAUUGGAAGUAAUUACAGUAAACCUCGGAUAUAUCGGAUUCAAUUGUUCCCACUGGUUUUGUCCGAUAUAAGCGAAAUCCGUUAUAUGCGUAUACCGGAAAAUGUCCGUUUUACGCAUAUAUCGGAUUUAUAUCCGGUAUAUAUGUAAAUCGGAUUUUAUCCGUUAUAAAAAGGCACUUCCUUGACUAUGUUUCCAAUGUACCUGGACGCGCAGGCAACGCUGCAAACGCUGCAAAUGACGUCGUAUAGCGGCCUGUCACGAUUCGGCGAAUCGGAGCGCCACGAUGCGGCCAUCCAAUAUAUGUGAGGGAAAUUUAAUGGAAAUGCAUUGGAACGGGACUGGAGAUUUUGUCCGAAAUAGGCGAAAUCCGUUAUAAAAAAUCCGAUAUAUGCAAUGAAUUUUUAUUGGAAAUGCAUUACAGAAAAAUCGGUUCUUUUUUAUCUGUCCGUUGUGAGCGAAUUUCCGAUAUAUCCGAGUUUGAUAUAUCCGAGGUUUACUGUAUUACCAUAAUUUCUGCUCGACAGGUAAUAUUGACAAAGUGAUUGUGCCAAAUGAUUGUUAUCUUUCGUGUCCACCGCCAUCACGCGCGUUAACUAGACCAGGAAUCGCCUCGGUUUUAUACGCACACAUUGGCACACAUUCAAAUGACUCCACUUAAAUAAAACAUGGAGUUAAAAAUCCAUGAUAACUAAAAAUCACAUGGUGUCCAAUCAUCACUAUUGUUAUCACAGGCAUAUGUUUUGUCGCCUCUGCAAGGUUUUACCUGCCGUAAUUUUCCAGGGACUUAACAUUAUGCAUUUUACAGACUUUUUACGAUGUGGUGGUGAUUGAACACUUCAAAAAAUAAACACGGAACGUGUCAUGAAUGAUUUGUUAAAGUGAGUAGCAGGGUAAAUUGCAUUGAGCACAUGAAGAAGACAAAAUCUGCUUCUGUUUCUCCUCAAUACAAAUGCCUAGGGAUGUCCGAUAUUCCGAUAUUUCCGAUAUCAGUUGAUACGGAUAUACAACAUUUUUUUUUUAAUACCAGUUUUCAUGAUCCGGAAAAAAAAACGCUGACGAAAAGCUGAAAAUUGUUGUAUUUUGCGAAAAUUCAGGGUUCUUUCAAUCAGUGUUUCCUAACCUUUAUAAAAAAUCGGACCAUCUCUUAUCUCAAUGGUCGGGAAUCACGACGUUAGCUCAUUAACUGUAUUGUAGCUAUAUUCAUUUGUCUCUUAGAUGUAGAGCACCGUUUGCACUCUUAUUUUGUUAAGCACAACUCAGAAGCACAUAUUCAUACGUGACGGACAAAAUAAAUGUGUGUUUGAUGAAGUGUUUUGAGGGUUUUACGGCGUUCCGGCUUUGGCAUGUUUACGAUUUUUAAAGCAGGUUUAAAGGUAAAAAAAAAAAAAAGUUGAUGUCAUUUGCUUGAGUGGUGGAGUCAUACUGGCUUUGUUGAAAUGCUGAUUGUGUUUUUUUUGCACAUUGUCAUUUGGAGGAAAAUGUGUUCUGGAUUUGAUUGUAUCUAUUUGGCAUGGUCGGUAAAAUAAACAGCUUC